UGCGUAACGCUUUUGUGCGCAAGGCCUUUAUGUGUUAACAAGCUAGCUAGCUAGCUAGCUAUGUUAUUAGCUAGUUCAUAAAACUCAGAUAUGGUCCAAAAUGUCCAUGUGGCUUGUUAUCCAGAAAUGUAACUGAUGCCACGAAAAAAUCAUGGCAGUGCCUCCGACUUACAUCGACCUGGGCAAGCCUGCCAAGGACAUCUUCACUAAGGGAUACGGCUUUGGUCUGAUUAAGUUGGAUCUGAAGACAAAGUCAGAAAAUGGACUGGAAUUCACCAGCUCGGGAUCGGCCAACACGGAGACCAGCAAAGUGUCGGGAACGCUGGAGACCAAGUACAAGUGGGCGGAGCACGGGCUGACCUUCACCGAGAAAUGGAACACGGACAACACCCUGGGCACCGAGAUCACGCUGGAGGACCAGCUGACCAAAGGACUCAAGCUGACCUUCGAUUCCUCCUUCUCCCCGAACACUGGGAAGAAGAGCGGUAAGAUCAAGACGGCCUACAAGCGGGAGCACAUCAACGCGGGCUGCGACGUGCACUACGACAUCAACGGCACGGCGGUGCACGGCGCCCUGGUCGUGGGCUACGAGGGCUGGCUCGCGGGCUACCAGGCCACCUUCGAGGCCGGGAAGAGCCGCGUCACCCAGAGCAACUUCGCCGUGGGCUACAAGACCGAGGAGUUCCACCUCCACACCAACGUGAACGAUGGGACGGAGUUCGGGGGCUCCAUCUACCAGAAGGUGAACGAUAACCUGGAGACGGCGGUGAACCUGGCCUGGACCGCCGGCAACAGCAACACCCGCUUCGGCAUCGCCGCCAAGUACCAGAUCGACGCCGACGCCUCCUUCUCGGCCAAAGUGAACAACUCCAGCCUUGUGGGCCUGGGCUACACCCAGACACUGAAGCCUGGCAUUAAGCUGACCCUCUCCGCCCUCCUGGACGGGAAGAACAUCAACGCGGGCGGACACAAGCUGGGUUUAGGACUGGAGUUCGAAGCCUAGGAAGACGCGCCUGGAAAAACCCUCAACUUCCAGAUAUUUUACUUAAUUAGGUACCUCCACUACUUGUGUUUCCCUGAGGUGUGCCGGGGCGGGAUGCUAAUGUUAUUAAACCAUUACACUAAGCGACACUCGAUCCGUUAUUUCUAAAAGACAGCGCCAGGUAAAAUAUGUUGGAACGCUGGACCCAGGUUUUGAAUUAAGGAAUGGGCGAGAACUAGCCGGUAGCUUGCUGGUAUAUAAGCGAAGCGUAUAUAACAGAAAAAUGUAGUGCUUAGAUAGUGUUCGGAAAUGUUAUGAAGAUGCAUUGUCAUUCCACCUUUUAUUUAACGGUUUUAUUUUGUAUUCUAUUAUUUUAUUUUUGGUACGAUUAAGGGAAAUGCUCGUCUGAUAAACUGAAACUAAAGUAAAAAACAAAAAAAACAAAAAAAAAAAAAAAAGCACUUGGGUUUAAUGGGUCUGUUCUCUGGGGAUGCAUUCUGCUCAGUGUCCACUUGGGGGUGUUGCACGAGUCACAAAUGUCACCGGUGUUGUUCCUUGGGUUCUACCUAAUUCUGUUCCCUGACAACUGUGAACUAUUUCCACAGCGUUGUGCAUUUUCAAGCCAAACCCCUCCCUGCAGGCUGUUCCAGUACUCACAGUUUUGGACGUAGUAGUUGUCUUUCACUUAAACAACAGCUGCUAUACUCAGCACCAGCAUUGGUGUGUAGAUACAAUGCAUUGGUUUCACUUGUAUUUGUGUGUAUGUGUGUGCGUGUGCGCGUGUGUGUGUGUGCAUUUUAUGUGGGUCUUGUCUCAUGACAAACAGUAAGACGUUAUUUUAGUGAAAUAUCUUUGUCUUCUUUCCCCCUGCCUGACGAGUGGCAGUUGGGUUCUGUCAGGUGCACCAGGACAGAUAUUCAGAAGGGAAGACUUUGUUAUUUACACACGGCACUGCUGAAAAUAAAUGGGUGAAUCUAUGUCAGAAAUAUCGUCUUCCAUCUUUAAUGUUAAAACGGGGGGUGCUUGACAGUUUUGUUUUCCCUGAAAAAUAAAAAGAAUUUAUCUUAA